AUGGAAGAAGAUGGCGAAGAUGAGUACGAUGCUAACGGAAAACGAAAAAGACGAAAGCGACGAGUUCUGUUCACGAAAGGUCAGACUUACGAAUUGGAGAGGCGAUUCCGCACUCAACGAUAUCUGAGCGCCCCAGAACGAGAACAGCUUGCGAUGCAGAUACGUCUCACUCCAACGCAAGUGAAAAUAUGGUUCCAGAACCAUCGGUAUAAAACGAAAAAGACAAUCCAGGAAAAAGGUCUCAAUCCAAGUCUGCUAAACUCGCCGACCUCGUUGACGCCAGCGAGCACCGCGUUCUCACCUCGGAGGUACUCAGUUCAUUUUUUAUUUCAAUUACUGUUUAUUGUUAAUCUAGUGAUAGCAACUAGAUAA